UGGAAUUUCCUGCUGUCUUCCUCUGAAUAUUACUUCUCACUUUCUAAAGGGUUUCCUUACUCUCUCAAGAGUGAAAGACGCAAAAGACGACAGUUAUUUAAGGUCAAACACAACAGAGUCACUUAUUAAAAAGUUUUUCCAGGAGUGCCCAUUAUUUUUCAUUUCACUACAACAUUACUGGGACAAGCUCAGUGUUAUAGUGUCAUGUAUGUCUGAGGAUAGUGAUGCAUUGGGUUUUAGUGAAGUAGAAACCCUUCAUAGAUGGAUGUCCAGCUUUUGUUCUGGAUCCAGUGUUUCCAUUCCAGAUUUAAUGUAUUAUCCACCUUGGAUUAUUGCAGCAUGUCUUAACGUGAGACUCAAAACCAGCAAAAAUGCUGUGAACUUCUAUCACAGAUUGCAAAACAUGAUGGAGGUGGAAUCUUUUAAAAAGAUUUCAGUGUGUUUGUUUGCUUGUAUACUAUCACAAUGUUCAGAGAUGGUUCUUCAUGAAAAUGAGAUAUCAGAAAACAGCCAAGUUUGGACGACAUCCAUGGAACUACUCAAGUCCUGUCCUGAAGUCUUGUUCUGUUUUAUGGAAGAUGAUAAAAGUCAUAUUUACAGUCAUGACCUUCAACAGUUGAGAACUUUACUGUUACCCAACAAGUACUCAAAACUUCUGCCAAUUGUUUUCUUCAGCCUUUUGACAAAAUGCAAGCGAGAUAUAGUAGAAAAGGUUAAGCAGUUUCCUCACUUUAAACAAAUCACCAUCACAAUGAACCAGAAAUUCACUCAGCUCAGAAAAACAUGUCUWGAAAAUGAUGCUUACAAGUCAUGUGAAAAGCCUUUUCAGCUCGAGUUUGCAAAGGAAGUAUUUCAGUUUCUACGCCACCACACUGGAUCAUAACCAUUACCUCCACAAGGCAAAAGGCAAUAAUAAUUUACAAAAGAAUUUAUUUUUUUGAUAUUAUAUGAUGUAUAAUAUAAUUAUAAUGUAUGUUUCAACUCAUUCUCGUACUCAGAUCCUGYUCAGUUUUCCAACGGAAAAUCGAAGGAGCCUUCAAUUYCCUGUURAAAAGGAUCUGKGUUCAAGAAUGGUUUUCAACUGGACAACAUAUUUAUGAAAAAAAAAUCCUUCUGUUGAUCAAUGAUAUAUUUAUUCAAUCUAAAAAACAAAAUGUCAAUAAAUUAAUUAUUUUUCUAAAUAUGUUGUCAUUAUUUAAGUCUAUUAUCUUCUACAAAUUUGAUUCAUAAUCACAGAAAAAUGUUCUUAAAGCAUUGGUUUAUGUUUCCCAUAGAAAAUUAAUGUGCUGGAUUUCUGUAUGCAAGGGAUUAAUUUCAUUUAUCAACGCUUGAUAUAACACGAAAGCUUUAAGACUACUAAAACCAUUAUUUUUAUACAACUUUUGUUAAAAAAAGUACCCAAAAUAUCUAUAAAGAUUGGAAAGUUCUAUCCUGCCAUCAAGGUACGCUAUUUAUAAGGAUGUUAUUAUUUUAUUAUAUUAUAAACUAUUCUAGUCAUUGAGCAAAUUCUGUCUGUUCAACGAUGGACGGUGAUGUUUUGUAACAAGAUGUUUUUUYUGCACCUUCAUGAAA